AUGGAAGCAGAAAACCACACGGGACUUCCAGUAUUUCUCCUCCUGGGACUUUCUGAGAAGCCAGAGAUUCAGUCUGUUCUCUAUGGACUGUUCCUGUCCAUGUACCUGGUGACUGUCUUUGGGAACCUGCUCAUCAUCCUGGCCAUCAGCUCUGACUCCCACCUCCACACACCCAUGUAUUUCUUCCUCUCCAACCUGUCCUUCUCAGUCAUCUGCUUCACCUCCACCACCGUCCCAAAGAUGCUGCUGAACAUCCAGACACAGAGAAAAGUCAUUACCUACUCAGGCUGCAUCACCCAAAUGUACUUUUUCACUGUUUUUGGACUUUUGGACAAUUUACUUCUGACAGUGAUGGCCUAUGACAGGUUUAUGGCCAUCUGUAACCCUCUACAUUACACCGGCAUCAUGAACCCCAGGCUCUGUGCCCAGUUACUUCUCCUGACCUGGCUCUUCAGUGUGCUGGGGGCCCUUCCUGAGAGUUUGACCAUGAUGCGGGUUUCCUUCUGUGCAGUCACUGAAAUCCCACACUAUUUCUGUGAACUCCCUGAGGUUCUCAAGCUCGCCUGCUCUGAUACCUUCAUCAAUACCAUUGUAUUAUAUAUUGUGACAGGUGUUAUGGGCUUUUUCCCUCUUGCUGGGAUCCUCUUCUCUUAUUCUCAAAUAGUGGCUUCUGUCCUGAGGAUCUCAGCAGCAGGAGGAAAAUAUAAAGUGUUUUCCACCUGUGGGUCUCACCUCUCGGUUGUCUCCUUGUUCUAUGGAACCUGCCUGGGAGUCUACCUCAGUUUCACAGGGACACAUACCUCUUGGACAGCAGUGUUUACCUCUGUCCUAUACACUGUGAUCUGUCCCACGAUGAACCCCUUCAUCUACAGCCUGAGGAAAAGGGACAUGAAGAGGGCCCUGAGAAACAUUGUAUGCAGCGUGUUGACCUCUCAGUGA